ACUGAGGCUCAUAACCGUAUAUGACCAAUGUUAGAAUAGACGGAAUACUCUAGAUGUGCUGUUCAUCUGAAGGACUAAAAGGAGGUGCUGAAUCUAGCACGACACGAACGGCUGAGAAGCAGCAACGGCUAUAAACCUCAUCUGGACGAGUUUAACAGUUCUACUAGUGAAGCAUGAUGGCAGCUCAUGACCUUUGGAAAACUCUGGAGGACCUUUCAGAAGAACAGUUCAAGCAGUUCAAGUGGUUCCUGAAGCAAGAUGACAUCCCUAAAGGUUUCUCAGCCAUCGCCGUGGCCCGGCUGGAGGGGGCAGACAGACAGGACACGGUGGAUCUGAUGGUGCAAAAAUACCCCCGCACUGGAGCUCUGGAGAGAACCAUGAGCAUUUUAGAGGAGAUCAGCAGGAAUGAUCUGAAGCAGCGUUUGUUCAACACUCUUAACUCAAGACGAAAAGAACUCAAGAACCAUGACUCUGCUCCUCUCAAUUGUGAAUAUGGAAGAAUGAAGUCCAAGCUUGAGAAGACAGAGGAUGAAAUCAAGCUGAUGAUCCAGGAGAGACAGAAGAAAAUCUUGGAAAUCAACAGCUCAGAAGAGUUCAACAGUAAAUCUGCAGACAGACACAUCGCAGACAGUGAGCAGGUCUAUGCUGUUAUGCAGCAGUCUGUCAUAGACAGUCUGGCUCAUCUCAAUUUGGCAAUUAAAGAAAAGCGGGAAACGACAAAGAAACAGGCCAAAGGAUUCAUCCAAGAGCUGGAGCAGGAAAUCUCCGAGCUGACAAAGAGAGGUGCUGAGGUGGAGCAGCUCUCACGCACCCCGGACCACCCUGACUUCCUGCAAAACUUCUCAUCCCUGAAUGCUAUUCCACCCACCAAGAACUGGACAGAAGUCAGCGUCACUCCGGCAUCAUAUGGGGGAAGUGUGGGGGCCGCUGUGAAUCAACUGGUGGAAACACUCAGUAAAGAGAAGGAGAAAUUGAUCGCCAAAUUCAAACUGAGAAGGGUCCAGCAGUUUGCUAAGGAUGUGACUUUGGAUCCUGAUACAGCAAACGCCAAUCUCAUAUUGUCUGACGAUGGGAAAAAAGUUUACUGUGGUGACGCAAUACAAAACCUCCCAGACAACCCAGAAAUAUUUAAUCGUGCUAUAAAUGUAUUAGGAAAGGAGAGUUUCUCUUCAGGGAGGUUUUACUACGAGGUUCAGGUUAAAGGAAAGACUUCCUGGGAUUUAGGAGUCGUCAAAGAGACGGUCAACAGGAAGGGGUCCAUCUCAGCAAGCCCCGACAAUGGCUACUGGACUAUAUGUUUAAGGAAAGGAAAUCAGUACAACGCUCAUGCUGUCAAUCUCACUGUAAAAAAUCAGCCAGAGAAGGUGGGCGUGUUUGUGGAUUAUGAUAAGGGUUUAGUGUGCUUCUAUGACGUAGACUCUGAAGACCUUAUCCACCGCUUUACUGACUGUUCCUUCACUGAGAAACUCUACCCAUUCUUUAGUCCCGGUAGACAUUUCGAUGGAAAAAACGCCACCCCUCUGAUCAUCUCUCCUGUCAAUUACAACGAUUAGAUUUGAUAUAGCAUCUACUUCUACAACUGAUUCUACAAUUUAAGAAACAUCCCCCAAAAAUUGCAAUUGUGAUGUUAGUGAUUAACCAAGUUAAUGAUCCUAAAACAGUGUAGGAGAUGACUGAUAUGCUUUGAAACUGUCUUUGGAAUUUGGUUGUACCCAACCUGCACAGCUAGAUGGUGCCACUUCCUCUUUGAUAAAAGAGUUAAAUAUGUGUGUGCUGUCUUGCUCUGCACCCUGAUCAAGAGUUAUUUCUUUGAAUAAAUGUCUU